UUUGUUGCUACAGUUACAUCCUUUAGUCCACAGCUGAAACUGUCAUUGGUGUGUGUGUGCACAACCAACCAUCCAAUACAAUAACUACUUAGAAGCCGUAAAAUAAUCAUGACAUGAUGCGAGUGCUAUGGUGAGAAUAUACACAAAUUCAAAGUCUAGAAGAGAUCAAUGAUUAUGACUCCAAUCACUAAAUGGAGAACAAAUAAAUCAAUACAUUGUAAAAAAUUGUAACUCAAGUGUGGCUCUGAAAGCUUGUGACUGUCACCGUGUUGUUUUGUGUGACUUUAACAAGUCCAGGCAAAUUAAAGUAGAAACCAAUCUGAUCUCUGCAAAUAACAAACUGAAUUCACCUUUUCAUGCCCACAUAAAAUGAUUCGUUUCUGAAGAAGCCGGCUCACUGGGCUUCUUCAGAAGUGAAUCAAACAUAACAUUCCACCCCUAAAACCUGUUUUUCUGUUCAGGAUUGCUUCUUCUUAAUCCAAUCUUAAAUCUUAAUCUGCAGGAGAGAAGAAUAGCGGAUGAUUUUGUAAACAGUGCUGUUUUUGGAGUGUCUUUUGCCUGGAAGUUUGAACAAGUGUUCAACCCUGAGGCCUUAGAUUACUCUGACCUUCAAAACUGUACGGCAGUGAGCAGACACACAUUUAAAAAGAAAACAAAAAAAAACAUGUAUGUUUGUUAGUUACAGCAUACAUGAAGGAGGAGGUGGUGGGCAUGUGGGUGUAUUAAGACAACAGAGGUGUGACUUCAGUGGAACUGAUAACCAGUUUGUGCUCAGUCGUCCGUUAUGAGUCGUCGGCACGCUCAGUGGAAGGACAGACAGACUUGACAUCCCCUGCACUCAUGGUUCCACACAGCCAAGAAAUGGUCCUCCUGCUGCUGUUGGUAGUGCUGACUCUCAGCACUGAGGCCAAGGGGGAGAAUAAGACACUUGUGAGGAAGAAGAGAGCAUGGAUUCGUCCUCCUUCCAAGUUGAUGGAGAACACAACAAGCUACAUCCACAAGCCAUUCAUCGCCAAGAUUCGCUCCGAUCAGGAACUCACUACAAAAGUGUAUUACUAUCUUUCUGGACCGGGAGCAGACAAACCACCCAUCAACCUCUUUUUGGUGAACCAUGAAACAGGCUUUGUUACCAUCACUGGUAAACUGGACCGCGAGAAAUGUUCAUCCUACAACUUGACUGGAGUUGCUAAAUACAUAAAUGGAAGUGUAGCAGAAGAGAACAUCCCGCUGGUGGUCACAGUCCUAGACCAGAAUGACAACGCUCCAUAUUUUGAGCAGCAAUAUGGGAGCAUCAAAGAGGCAAGCAAACCAGGAACCUUUGUCAUGCAGAUUGUGGGGAAAGAUGACGACCAAGCAGGACAUAUUAAUUCAGAGAUCUCCUACAGCAUCAUCAGCCAGGAGCCAGCAGGCACAGGUCGCAUGUUCACCAUCGACGCGAAGACAGGCAAAGUGUACGUCAAACAGCCGACGCUUGACAGAGAGUCUUAUGACUUGUACAAACUGGUUGUAAUGGGGAGAGAUUUGGGCGGAGCACCAGGAGGGCUAUUUGGGACGGGAACAGUGGAGAUCAAGGUCGUGGAUAUUAACGAUAACAUCCCCACUCUGGAGAAAUCUGAGUGCUCUGGCUCGGUGGAUGAAAAUGUUGUUGACGUUGUUGUGAUGAGAAUCAAAGCUCUGGACAAGGACCUUGAGCACUCAGACAACUGGGUGACCAUCUUUUCAAUCGACAAAGGAAACGAGGACAAUCUCUUCUCAAUUGAGACGGACAGAGAAACAAAUGAGGGCGUCCUGAAGCUAAUCAAGCCUGUGGACUUUGAGGAACUCCAAAAUCUUGAGCUUAGCCUUCUGAUUAAAAAUGAAGCACCUUUUGGGGAGGGUGGUCCUAUUGCGAUGAAUGUGGAUGUUCAGGUUGGAGAAGGUGGUGCUCCCGUCAGACCUGGUGCUGGUGCUGGAGUUGGAGUGGAUGCAAAUACUAAUGCACUGGGUGGAAUUGAUUGCAAGAUAGCUGUGAAUAACAUGCCAGAGGAUCCAGCGUUCAUACCUGACACCAAGAUUGUUCCUGUGUCAGAAGAUCCAGAUAAAGAUCCUACAGACUCUGUGAUCACAGUGUUCGCUGCUACUGAUCCAGACACAGGAAAACCAGCAGAAAAUGUCAAUUAUGCUAAAGCCUAUGAUCCAGACCACUGGUUUAUCAUCGAUGAAGAAACGGCAGAGAUCAAACUCAACAAAGCACCUGACAAGGAGUCACCGUUCUUGGUGAAUGGAAUGUACAUCGCCAAGAUUGUGGCGAUAACUAAAGACAUGCCGGCAAAGACAGCAACAGGAACAAUCGCCAUCCAAGUCUCUGACUUCAACGACCACUGCCCCACUCUCAAAACCAGCCACGUCACUCUGUGCUCGAACAAAAAAAUGGUUUACGUAACCGGCCUGGACGAGGACUCCUAUCCCAACGCUGCGCCGUUCACGUUCAGAAUCCUAUCUGAGGGGACUCAUGGCAGCUGGGUUCUGGAAGUCCUCAAUGAGACGACUGCUGCCCUCCACUCUCAGGAGGCUCUGUGGCCCGGUACAUACAAGUUGCAAGUGGAGGUGUCGGACAAUCAGGGUCUGUCCUGCCCAGACAAGGAGGUUUUUCACGUUGAUGUUUGUACCUGUGGGACAGCAGAGACGUGCUACAGGAAACUGCAAACGCCUUCAUCUGAGCUCGCUGCCCCAGCCAUCGGUCUGAUGUUCCUGGCAAUGUGCUUACUGCUGCUACUUCUUCUUUUCCUACUGUACUGUCAGUGCGGAGGAAAAGAUGCCCUGUUUCCCGAUCAAUUUAAUGAUUUGCCGUUUGACACUAAACAACAUCUCAUGUCCUACCACACUGAGGGCAAAGGCGAGGCAGUCCCACUCCAAAGUGUCCCUAUGAACUUUCAAAAGCAGAGAUUAUUAAACAUGGAAAACUACCAGCCCAAAACAUACUAUAAUGAAUCCGUGCCGAAAUUUCAGGAAAGCAGCCAAAGCUUCAUGGAGGUCGAUGGCUACAGGUUUGCUCGGCAAUCAUUUUACCGCGGCAGCAGCAAAUCGCAGCAACUCACGAAGCUAGGAUUUGGUACUCAAAAGUCGACUUAUCUCUAUGAGGAUAUGGCUUUACCUCGGUCUUUUCUCGAUCACUACUACACAGAGAAUGCAAUGUUUGCUGAGCUGGGCAAGGAUGGUCUGUUGCAGUUCAAUUAUGAGGGACAAGGUUCCUGUGCUGGUUCAGUGGGCUGCUGCAGCCUCCUGGAGCCUGACAAUGACCUACAGUUCCUAAAUGACUUAGAGCCCAAGUUCAAGACUCUUGCAGACAUCUGUUUACCUCCGACACCAAAACCGUCCCUGCCUGGCAAAGUCAUAGAUGCUGAUUUAGUAAUCAACACACAACACACUGUUGAGACAAAACUAGCCAAUGUGAAUACAGAGAAGGUAGUGUCGUCUGUUAACGUCACCAAACCAACUGAACCUCCACCCAUGAAAAUAACUCAGUCUGAGCUCACUAACAUCAGUCAGUCAUCUCACAUCCAUCAGUCAUCUAACAUCCAUCACACUGCUACUUUGCCUUCUCCGGUUCAGACUGUUGUCCUGCAGCAGCAGCCACUUUACUACACCAGCCCUAUGCUACAACCCAUGCAGUACGUAGUUCAACCACAGCUGCAGACCACAGUUCUUUUGGCAGAUGGGGCCCAUGGAGCCAAUGUUCCAGGACUGUAUGUAGUCAGUGGGUCCCAGACUGCUUCUGGAGUCCCAUUCAAUAUGCCCACAGCCCCUGCUCCUGCUCCUGGGCUAGUUAUGCAUGGCUUUGAGAGCACCAAAAGCUCUGCUAGCCCGCCCAGACUUGUCAGCCCCAUGCAGUUGCUACCUGGUAGCAUAAACUUGCCCCAGGGCUCAUUCCGUGCAGAGGGUUGGAAAGUCGUAGGAUCAAAUACCAAUGGUAAUUAUGUGAUGGAUAAAAAGAAACCUAAGAAAAGUUUGUCAAGUGCGACAGAUCCUGUGAGUUCAGGCUCAUCUAAGGGUACUUUGCCCAGAGGUGCUGUCCUGGUAAAAGAGCACAGCAGCCCAGAAGAGUGUGUAUGGCAUUCUGCCAGGACACACUGUUAAAAAUGGGGGUGUUUUUGCAGGUAAUGGAGGUGGGCAAAUGUGGGGUGGGCAGCCAGAGCAGAUGGGGUUCAGGCCACUUACCGUUUUGGGAGUUGGUGUUGGGCAGCCAAAAGUGGCUGGGAUGUGGCCAGCUGGAAUUAGUACAGUGGGUGUUCAGCAGGCCAGUGUAAAUCAGUUCCAAGAAACUUUCACUACUUUAGGACAAACAAUGGAUCCCGCUGGUUUUCCAAAGGCAAGUACACUUGAUUCACAAAAGGAGAACAAGACCAUUGACAUUAAAUAUAACUUCACUCCUGCUGAAAUCAUAAAAUGUCAUCUACCCUCAAAGGAAGAGGUCCAGAUGAGAAAUCUGUUUCAGGACAGCAGUGAUGCAGUUCAGCAAAAGGCAGAUGGUACAUUUGAAGAGUCAGCAUCAGAGGAUGUGAUUACCUUCACAUCACAAGAGGACACAAAAGGAGAUGACCUGAGUGAGUUGGUCCAUGUUGAUAUAAAAAACAAUGUAGGUAUCCAAGAGAAUAUAGCUCAAGUGUCAGAAAAGUCCUCAGUUGAUCAUCUAAAUGAAGCCGCUGUGAAACCAUUAGUAGAACCAGAUGUAUUACAUGAAUCAUUUGAUCAGCCUGACACAGAGGAAAAGCAACCGGCAGAUACAAAUGAAAUUGUGCCUGGAAUCUAACCAGAAAUACAGACGAAGAAGAAGAACCAUUAACCAGAGAGACAGAGAAAGAAAAAGAAGCAUUAUCCAGAGAAACAGAGAAAGGAGUAGAAGCAUUAACCAGAGAGACAGAGAAAGAAGAAGACUUUUUUGACUUUUUAGAAAACUUUAAUUUCAAACCCUUUUUUUUUCACAAUUAGUCAACAUUAAUCAAUUCAUUCACUCACUCACUCAAAACUAAAAAUUAACCUGUAGUGCGCCAUCCUCACCCACUGAGCACAGGACCUGUUUGAUGCCCCAAACAGCCUUAAAAAACCCCAGAUUACAUGUCAGUUUGUAAAAUGCAUGCUCUAUCCUGAGCCUGGCAGAGACCAGUGCCUUCAGAUAGAGCACCGGCUCAGUCCAGCCCACACCUGACACCUGGCUUUUCUGGCUUUUUCAAAAAUUGAUGAGCACCAUUGUUUGUCCUUUUUUCACAGUGUACUUUAGUCCAGCAGUGGCUCCUCAAAUAUCCACAGUCCAGGCUUAGUGGUGGGAGGGCAGCUGAUGCCCAGAGUCCUCCAGGCUUCUAACACUGACCAAUAAAAUGUAGUGACGUCAGUGAGACCACAAUGAGAGUCCCGCAGGAACAACUGUUUGUCGAGGCCAAGACUUCCGCCCUUCUGUAGAAUGAGUUGGGCAGGUACUUUCCAACAGAUAGAGCAGUUGUACAGCAGCUUCUGAGCAGUUUGUAGUCUGAAGGCAGCUAUCCUGGCCUUGAUGUCAAUAAGGCCCUGCCCUCCCUCUGCCACAGGGAGGUACAGGACAGCAGCCCGCAGCCAGUGACGACCCGACCAAAAGAAGUCCGACAGCAGUCUUUGCAAUUGUUCUAUCAGACCCGAUGGUGGGACUAGGACUUGCAACCUGUGCCAUAAUGCAGAGGCAACAAGUUGUUGACAAUGAGGACUCUUCCCCUGUAGGACAGCUGGGGGAGCAGCCAUUUCCACUUCUACAACUUGGCUUCAACCUUUUCCAGCACUCCCUCCCAGUUCUUUUUUUCUGUGGCCUAGAAACACCCCCAGUGUCUUGAGCCCUUGACAUCGCCUUGGUCCCUCACAAAGACAUUAAGGUCAUCGGCAUAUGCCGAUAUCACCACAGAGGAGCGGUCAGUCAGCCCUGGUAGAGAGAGGCCCCUCAACCGGGACCUCAGUCUAUGUAAGAGAGGCUCAAUGGCCAUACUAUAGAGCUGGCCUGAAAUGGGGCAGCCCUGCCUGAUCCCCCUCUUUACUGGGAUUGGGCUACUAAGACCCCCGCCCACCUUUAUCACACAACAUGCCCCACUGUACAACAAUUUCACCCAUGAGAGAAAGUGCUCCCCAACACCAAAGGCUCUUAGUGUGUCAAAUAAAAAAGAGUGGUCAACACGAUCAAAUGCUUUCUCCUGGUCUAUGGAGAUGACACCAACAUUCAUUCCGUACAUGUUGCAUACAUCCAUACAGUCUCUCAGUAAAAACAAGUUGUCUACCAUGGACCUUUCAGGGAAACAGUAGGACUGAUCCGCCCGAAUUAACACAUUUAUAAAAACUUUCAGUCUGUUUGAUAAAAACUUGGAUAAAAUUUUGUAGUCCGUGCACAGUAGAGUGACUGGUCUCCAGUUUUUCUAUGAUGUCAGAUCACCCUUCUUAGGUAGAAGGGCAAUCACUGCACACCUGCAGGAAGCUGGCAGAGUGCCUUUGCUAAAAGACUCUUUAAAAACUUCCAGCAGGUAUUGUAGAAGGAACAGCCAACGGUGACACCUGUAUAUACUCCUCGCUGAGCACGAGGCCGCUCUCCACGAGCUUAGCUACAUCGCUUUCUUGUUUUAAAAACACAACCACCGCUUUGUUCAUGCGGGAAGCGUAGCUGAUGUUCCUGUGUCCCACUUCAUCUCCCACCGCCAACAACACCUGUUCCACCGUCACAGUGGACGGAGGAACGAUGCGCACUCCGUGCUUCAGGGACAGGGACAGCGUCUCAGCAGACACCAUCCCUGCCGUGAAAACACGGAAACACACUAAACACUAAACUACAAAACAACUAACACACAAUACUAACAAUGACCAAACAAUACACAAACAAUUAGAAAUAAGAUCCAAUCAGAUCAUCGGUGAUAUGGUGAAUAGAUCAAUACAAGGUUGUUGGGGAGGAGGUGUAUUUUGUGUGUGAAAUGGAACUUGACUGGAAGCCAGACUGGAGUGUGGAGAUGAUGUGCUGCCAGGGCUUGGAUUGGGUGAGAACUCUGAAAGCUAAGCUCUGCACAUUCUGGACUUGAUCCAGGUCUUUGCUGGUUGUACCUGACAAGACUUUGUUGUUACCCUGCAAAAUGUACUGGAAUUGUUGGCAGACUCAGCUGGGUUCACCCAGGCUUUUUAGGUGGAAAGGGAUAAAUGUGUGAAUGAACCUCCCAACCACAGAGUUGGAGAGUGGAUGACUUGAGGAUGGAGAUAUUUUUUGAGAUACUAAAAGGUGGAUUUUGUGGUGACUUUGAUUUGAGAUUGGAAGGAAAGGACAUCCAGAUUGUGGACGUCUGGGGCAGAGCAGAUGUAGCAGCCACAGAAAGAUAUGAUUUCAUAUAAGGACUUGAUAAGAGACUAUAGAGGGAGUUGAGUAAAUGCUUUAGUUUUGAGGUAAAGCUGGGUGUCAUCAGCAUAGCAGCGGUGGUUGAGACUAAUGGUGGCAGGUGAUCUGAUGUGUGUAGGAAUAGAUUUCUCUGAUGGUAGGUAGACUUAACUGUGGAUAUUCAUGACAGAAAAGACACAGUUGGCCAAUAAAUCUGGUCAGGCAUCCCAUGCAUCUUAUUCUGACAUUAAACCCCGGGGGAAUGGAUCCAGGCUGAUCAUGAACUGCAUGUUUAUAGCAAUACAUUGGGAAUAGGUGAGAAAUGAUUGUUAAUCUGGCAAAUUAUUUUUUAUUGAGGAUUUAAUUUUACUCUUUAUUUUCCUUCUAAGUCCACAUGUCUACUAUACCCCCGUACUCUGAUGUGUCUAUUCAAAUUGCAAUGUAAAAUUCAGACGGGGUGUUUUGGUUAUUUUUCAACAUGGACCCUAUUCUAUGUUUAUAAGUGAGUUUGAACAACUAGACUGAAGUAAAGUCCAAAGCCAUGUUUAUAGUUCUGUCUGUUUGCUUUCUUUUUUCUUUGACUAUAUACAUUUUAGAUAGAUAUAACUACAUUUGCAUAACUUGACAACGUGUCCAAAAUUUGUAAAAGCUGUUAAAAUGAUAUAUAAAAAAAAACUGUUAAAUGCUAUCAAGUUAAAAGUCAAAUGUUUAUAUGAUUGGUGGAAGGUAGUUCACAUUGACCCUUCUUUAACUUUAAUUUUCCUACAUCUCCAACUGUGUUAGAGCUACAUGUUUUUAUUAGUUGUCAAAAAGCUGCUUUACAGACGAUACUGUGUUUGAUUUACGCGCACACCUGUCUGCCCACUUGCAUAUGAGCGUAUGUCUGUCAGUGUGGUGGGAGGGGAAACAUGAUUAACAUAACCUAUCAAACUUUAUUGCAUACUGGUGUUUUUUACUACUAAGCUAUUAAUAAAUGUGACACUGUAUACAAUGUAGUGUUCUUUAGUUUUUACAUCUGAUUUGUUCAGUGGUGGGCUGUCAGGGCCAGCAGGGCCUUCUCUGCUGGCCCUGACAAUAUCAAAAAAGUAUUUUUUUAUUAUUAUUAUUAUUAUUAUUUUUUUUAAUAAUCAAAUGAAUGUGUGUCUGAACGUGUCUGAACUCAAUUACUUUUUCAGUAUGUUAUGAUUAUAUUUCCAGAAAGAAUAUGGUUAUUUUUGUGAAGUUGAGCUGGAUUUUCCAUAUGUCAUUAAACACAUCAUAGC